AUGGCUACAUCGUAUCGUUUUUCGCAGAUGUCAAUCGUUUUUGUCGUGAUCUCGUGUGCUCUUUUUGGUUGCCCCGCUGCCUGGCCGUCCUCGAGGCAGCCUCAGUCCUACGCCGACCUUUCUGAGCUGAGCUCUUCGUCGUUUACGACGUCAUCCACGUUGUCGCUAGAACCUUUAAGAAAUGUUGAAUUGUGCCGGAGAGAGUGUGACGCAAUAAAGACCAAAUGGCCGAACAAUGACAGCGAGAAAUAUAAUCCGUUUAUUUCUAUCCGUUGCGAUUAA